CUCAUAAAUCAUCGAAGAAACGCAUCUGAUAUUUAUUGACCUUUGCUAUGGACUAUACAGCAACAUUUCACCAAGUAAUCUUAAAAACCCUUUGUUCUUAAAAGCAAAAAGGACUGAAAGUUAAGCCGGAAGCCGUGUAUAAAUUCAUUAUACAUUUGCGUUUCAGGAAAAAAGGAAGUAACGCGUGUGUCAUACAAAUCAUACGGCCGGAGGUGGGGAAGGACACGAACGUGCUGCCGAAAAACAACGGGAAAUGUUCAGAAUCUAUGCCGACAUGACUCACGAUCGAGGGACAGCAUAUAUGCUUUAAACUGAACUCUCCAAGCUAAGUGAAACAAGGUGCGAUGUCUCCCCAAAAGACGUUUCUGCUGAUCAAUGUUUUUAUCGUUUGUUUAAUUACAUGCGGAUUGUGGCUUGAUUGUGGACUGGGAUCUUGUAAUUCCGUGCACUCUUUCACACAGGCUAUUGGAAUCGCACACAACGAUGUAUUUAGACCGCGCGUAAAACCAGUACUCUACGAUCCAUCGGUUGGUGAUACAGGACUUGUCUGCCCCGUGGGGAAAGGUACUGGCCCAGUGAGUCAUCUCACAGAUGCGAUACAACCAAGCCCGCCCUCCAACGUACGAUGGACAACGGUGGAGAAUCUGACAAGUGCCAAGUACAGCGACAAUAAAAUCUGUAAUGCAAAAAAGGUAUACUUCCUACAUGAUCAGCUCGAGUUGCUAAUCCAGGCCCGCGAUGGACGGAGACGGCUGAAACAAUAUGGUGGUGAUUACUUCCGGGCUAAGAUAUUCACUAAGAAUUCAACGUUCUCUGCGAGUUCUGCAACGGAUGGAGAAGUGAUCGAUCUAGGAGAUGGGACCUACAGGGCUCUCUUCACUCUGAAAUGGCCCGGGAAGGUCAACGUCAAGGUGACCUUGGUUCAUCCCAGUGAAGCGGUCGAUGUGAUUCGACGUUUCCGCGACGCAGCUCCAGCGCGGUUCGUUUACCGCGGCAAGUUUGUGUCCGCAGACGGUACGCACAAAGAAGAGACUUUCUGCAACAUUGUACUUUCUGGUAAUCCGCCUGACCUAUGCAACUUUACCGAUAACGCUACGGGAUCUCCCUGGUUUUGCUACAAGCCCAAAUCACCGAAACUGAAGUGCAGCGACUGGCGGGAACAUCGAUGUGACUCCGGCGCCGCUAACCGGUCUGAUGCAUCGCUUUUAUCAUCACAUGACAAGUUAACCUUGAUUCCAAAAAGUGAUCUUCCGACGAGAAUUCAAGUCGAAGUCCGAGGAACGAUCAGAAAUUCAUCUGAACCAAAAUCGGCAUCAGAUAAUGCGACCACAGAAGUUAUAAAUCUUCCCAUUUGUACAAAUGGAUGCAAUAUUGGAAACCUCCUCACCUCUGGCUACUAUUUCCGCGACAUUUGGUACAAUCCAUCCUGCAGAAUUCUCAAUUUCCCGCUCGACGAAAUGCGAAAUUGUGUCUCAGGGAAGAAGCUGUAUUUCUUGGGAGAUUCGACAAUCCGCCAGCUCUUCGAGUUCUAUCUGGAGCGACUUGGACCAGGAUUAAAGAAGACGCAAUCUGGUCCAGAACCACGAUGGCACGUAGGUCCAACGCGUGCGUUAGACCAGGUCUUCAACAUCAGUAUGAUGUUUCGUUUCCAUGCGUACCCAAUAGGGAGGAACUCAUGGGCCACAGUGAAGGACAUCCACUACAUAGCGAACGAAGUUGACAGCAUUGUUGGUGAUGAAAAUUCGGUGGUCGUAAUCUCACUGUGGUCCCAUUUCACCCACGAACCGGAGUGGUUUUUCGUGCAACGAAUGCGAACAAUUAUGGCGGCCGUUGCGCGUCUUCGGGAGCGCAGUCCGUCCACGCUUGUGGUCUUCAAGGGUGCGAACACGCGCGAACAUAAUACCGCAAACCAACGUCUGUAUAACUCUGAUUGGCUGGCGAGACGUAUGGAAUACAUUAUACGGAGAGAAAUUGCCGAAAACUUGGCUUUCAUGGACUCUUGGAGCAUGUCAAGUGCGCAAUUAAUCGCGGACAAUGUACAUCCAGGAGGUUCACAUGUUAAAAACCUAAGUAAUCAGUUAUUAACAUUCAUGUGUGGUAGGCCUACAUAGGAAUUCAUAUUUAACCUCACUAUGCAAGUAUCUUGCAAUUUUCAUAAUUAUUGUUCGUAGAGACGGGUAUAGCCCGAAGGUCUUUGUCAAAUAUAAAUACUGUAAGCAUGCGACCAAGAAAACGCGUUUAAAUGGGUGUUUUUUUAUAUAUAUAUUUUGGCUUCAGUAGAAAUCUUCAUUUAGGGGUUGUCUGGAAAACGUGUGGUCACGCAUGCUUCCAGUAUUUAUACAUGAAUAAGACCCAUUGGGGCGUCAUUUUGUCUGACGUAUAGGCCUAGGUCUACGCCAGUAACUGCAUGGUACGGCACUUAACACAUUCUCUUAAAUGAUUCUUUGAUAUUCAUUUUGAACUUUUUAUUAUCAUGUCCAAAAUAUGAAAGACAACGAAGGAGAAUGCAUAGAGCACUUAAAACCCAAAAUCCAAAUUUAAGUCACUUACUAGGAAAUGAGGAAUAUAAUUAUAGGAAAGGUGGUAGCUUUUUUAAAAGGCAGUGGAAGGUACAAUGAACUGUGAUGCUCAGCUAUAAACAAACAUUAAUUACGUAUUAAUUAAGUAUUAAUCGAGUAUUAGUUACGUUUUGCUAUAUUAACUAUAUUAUCUAUUAGUGACAGUGGUACUAUCCUCGGUAUAAAUUGCUUCAUUGUAUAAAUUGUAUAAUUGCUUCAUUAUACGGAGAGAGGUUUUAAACUUCCUUCCUUUCUAAUGAAUUCUUUAAAAUAACAAGCCGAAUAACAAUACAGAAACUAACAAUCUACUGACAUUGUUAAUUGCACAACACAACGCCACUAGGCCAUCGUCGAUCCAACAGUAAAAGUAUUAAGAGAGGACCAGUAACUACGCCCUGUCACAUUGCCUGGCGGAAAUCAUCGAAUGACGAUGGAAACGCCAUUAAUCGCAACAACAACAACAACAACAACAUCUUUCACUAACAUGAAUGGAAGUAAAAAGGUCAAAAAAUAUUUUUAACACCUUUCCUUGAGCUCAAUCUUAUCUUUGAUUAAAUCUAGUAAUUGUUAAUAGUUCGGUAUAGGCCCGAAUAUUGUUCACGUCUUAACAGCCCUUUUGGAAAUCUCUCUUUGAUUUACAAUUUGCUUCACCAUUUUAUUGUUCCAAUGUUAUUAUUUCGUACAAUACAUGUAUUUCUCACCAGUAUACUUUUAUAACAGGAAAUAUUUUAUGCUAUUGAAAUUUUGAUUAUCAGGUAUGAUGCCGCAAGUCUACACAUGCGUCUGUUACGUAAAAUAUGCUCCGAAAUAAAAACGUGCUCUAUUCUCAGGGUCACAUAUAGAGGGUCA